AUUGACAUGUUUUGAAGAACAGUAACAUACAUUAAGAUUUUCCGGUUCAGAAAAAAUGUGGUCGGCCGAUUUCAGUAGUCUUACGAUAAGUGGAGAAUCUAGGUGUCUAGAUCAACAAAGUGCAAGCAUUAUAAAGGCAAAAUACAAUGGCGCUGAAAAGACGGGAACAAAACGCAAGUCGACGUCGAGUCCAUUAAACGAUUGCAAGAAGAGACGAAAGAGUUCGAAACAUGGAAGAUCAUUAAAAAGACACUUGUCUUUUGGGGAUUCACCAUUAGAAUCAAAUGACAACUUAUUGUCAGAAGAAACGUACAUAGCGGAUGGAAGUCGUCCUCAUUGUCUCCCGACUGUUGCUGGUCAACACAGAGAUUUGAAAUCUAUUACAGCUGAUACGAUGAAAGACUUAUUGAAUGGUAAAUACAAUGGUGGCAUCAAUUCCUAUAGAAUCAUUGAUUGUAGAUACCCAUACGAGUUUAAUGGCGGACACAUCAAGAAUGCAGAAAACUGUUACCUUGAGGAGCAUAUAGAUGAGAUGCUUUUACAAACACUCCAAAGCGGAAAUACAACUGAUGAAAUAAUUAUUUUUCACUGCGAGUUCUCCUCCAAAAGAGGACCAAAAUUAUGCAGAUAUUUGAGAAGCAAAGAUCGACAAAUAAAUGGGAGAAAUUAUCCACAGUUGCAUUUCCCUGAGAUAUACCUGCUUGAAGGAGGAUACAAAUCUUUCUUUCUGUCACACAAGCAUUUCUGUGAACCCGUCGACUAUGUUCCGAUGUUGCACGACGAGUAUAAAGAAGACGUACGCCAUUUUCGAUCCAAGAGCUCAACCAUAAAAAGGAACUGCUCACAUGUUAAAAAUAUGGAACAUUGUAUUGUUUCGCAAAGACUCGUAUUUUCUAUGUGCUGACAUAAUACUGUGUCAUUUUCUAACUGUUUAGUGCUAUAUUUGUUAUAUUUAUUAUGUUGUUGUUGAAAUCUUAUUAUAUACGAUUGUUUAUUUAUUAAAAUUGUAAUACUUUA